UCAUGUGUGCCAUCUCACAAGGGCACACAGGGCGGCCACGGCCACAUGGCUCAUGCAGCAGAGGGCGAUGCUCCGCUGGAAGUCGGUCUUGCGGCUCUUGUGCUGGAAUGCAUUCACUGCAACGAACACGCCCAAACCGCCGCCCAGCAGACAAAUGGCGCAGAAGGAUCUCUCAGACAAGCGACAGCUCAUCUGAGUGCACCAACAAACACCGGACGGAUGAGUGCACGAAUCGAAUCUUUGAUGUCUGUCGUUUGUGUGUGUGUGUGUCUUGGCUCACCUUUCUGUCGCACAGCUGCGAGCAGGUCUUAUCGCAGAACAUGAGAGCGACGCCGAGGCCGUUUGCAGCGAGAUAGAACAUGGCGUACGCUCUCAGAGGCAGGUCGGGCUUGAGCAGGGCUAUCGACAGGGCACCGGUCAACGCGAGAAAGACCAAGAGGACGAGCAGAUCCUCGAUGCGGUUCGAUACCCAGGCUGCAUACGUCUUCUUCCCCAUCUCUUUCGCACGACAGGG